CCUAACCCCAUACCCUCCCGUGCUGUGGCCACCACUGUCCGCUCCGGUCUUACCCGGAAACACGCCGGGCAGCCGCUGGGAACCCGACUCCUGUAUCCACCCACACUUCCGGCCUGUCCCCUCCCAUGCUGUCCAUGCGGGCCGCCAUCCUCUCGGGGCUCCGGAUCCUGCGUGCUUCCCGCGUCAUCCACGCCGGCGCGCGGCCGCCAUGUCCGGCCCGUAACGUCAGCGCGGGAGCCCGCGGCACCGACAGCGCGUGGGCGGGGCGCGCGCGAGGAAGCUGGGAGGAGCGGCGGGGUAAGGAGCAAGGCGAGGAGGACGAGGAUGAGCGGCGGCUACGGGAGGAAGAGGAGGAACUCCUGAGCGAUGAGCCGCCGCUACUUCCGGUGGCAGCGCAGCGCGUUUGCAUCUUGCACCCUGACGUCAGAGGCCCGGCCGGAAGGACGCCACGACCUACAGCCGAGAGUGAGGUGGAAGAGGCGUCGUCGGUAGUGCAGGCACUGCCUGGGUGGUCGGUGACUCGGUCCCUGGUCGUGCCCACGCGGGUCCCUGACAGCAAGAUGGUGUUCGGAAAGGGCACUUUCCGAGACAUAACAGAGAAAAUCCGUGGGAGUCGCGACAUCACUUCUGUCUUCCUGAACGUGGAGAGGAUGUCCGCCCCAACCAAGGCCGCCCUGGAGGCUGCUUGGGGCAUGCCCGUGUUCGACAGGCUGUCCGUGGUCCUGCACAUCUUCCGCUGUCAUGCGCGCACGCGGGAGGCUCGGCUGCAGCUGGCGCUGGCAGAAGUGCAACUGCUCAGGUGCAGUCCAGGCAGCCACCGUGACCAGGCGGGGUGGGGCUCGAGGUACAUGCUGGGGUCAGGCGAAUCCCCCACGGAGCUGCAUCACCGUGCACAGCGAGAGCGCGAGUGGAGGAUCCGCCAGGCGCUAGUGCGUCUGCGCGAGCGGCGGGGGCUGCUGCGCAAGGAGCGUAUGCGGAAGGGUCUGCCCAUUGUGGCCGUGGUGGGGUACACCAACAGCGGCAAAACCUCGCUGAUCAAGGCCCUGACCCGUGACCCUGACCUGCACCCGUGUGACCGGCCCUUCGCAACCCUGGAGGUCACAGCCCACGCGGGGUGGUUGCCUUCACGCCUGCGUGUGCUCUACGUGGACACCGUGGGCUUCCUGUCUCGGCUGCCACACGCGCUCGUGGGGGCCUUCGCAGCUACCCUGGAGGACGUGGGGCACGCGGACGUGAUUCUGCACGUUCGUGACGCAAGCUCCCCGGACUCCGAGCGGCGGAAGGCCACGGUGCUGUCCACGCUGCGAGGCCUACGCCUGCCAGAGGCCAAGAUGGCCGCGGUGCUGGAGGUGCACACCAAGGCCGACCUGGUGUCGGGGUCCUGUCCUCCCACACCGGGCGCCAUCGCCGUGUCCGCGCUCUCAGGCCUCGGGCUGGAUGAGCUGAAGGCAGCAUUGGAGGACGCGGUGCUGCGGGCCACGGGCCUGCGCGUGACCACGCUGCGGCUGCCUCCGGGUGGGCCCGAGCUCAGCUGGCUGUACCAUGAGGCCACAGUGCAGCAGGUGCAGGAGCUGCCGGACGCGGUCCACGUGACUGUCCUCAUCAGCCAGGCCGCCCUGGGCCGGUUUCGGAAGCUGUUCCCGGGGAUCCCCUGAGUGACAUCACUGGACCGGAUAUGGCGUCGCAAAUGGCCAUGGGAGCCUGGCCGGAGUCCCGCUCCACUGAAUGCACAGUGUAGGCCUUUCU